AAAAACCGAACACACUUCUGUUAUUCCAAUCAGUUUCAAUUUUACAUGAAUAUUUGUAGAGCCUUCCUGCGAUGUUGUGUUCCACGGUUACAGCAGCAGUUUUUACAGAGAGAAAUACUAUAAAAUUAGUUUGCAAAUUUUCAAAAGUUUAGAUGGUCUAUCAACGCCUAUCAGUUCGUCCAGUUAAUACCUAUAAAAGACACGAAUAUAAUGUUUGUUACUUGAUUCACAAACAUUUUCAGUAAAAUUGUUAUGUUUCGAAAGGACAAAUUUUUGAAAUGUCAAUUGAUCCGUUGUAAUCGGACUUUUGUCGUUAAAUUUACUGAUUAAGAAACGCAUUCUCUUUUAUUAUUGACGAAUUUAACGGGGACUUUUUAAAAUGGCAAACAGAGAGUCCACGGUUACUGCAAAAAGUACCGAUGAUCAUAGUGUUGAGACAUUGGCUGAGGUCUUCCGAUGCUUCAUUUGCAUGGAAAAGCUUAGAGAAGCCCAUCUCUGUCCACAUUGUAGCAAGUUGUGCUGUUAUGUCUGUAUCAGACGGUGGUUAACAGAACAACGUUCUCAGUGUCCUCACUGUCGAGCAUCUUUACAUCUUCAUGAGCUUGUAAAUUGUCGUUGGGUUGAGGAAGUGACUCAACAAUUAGAUACACUUCAAGCUGUAGGAAUAUCAAAUUCACGUCAUGACGAUACCACAAGGGAUAGAUGUACAGCUCAUCAUGAAAAACUUUCUGUGUACUGUUGGACUUGUCGACGAUGUAUUUGUCACCAGUGUGCCCUGUGGGGUGGCACUCAUUCAGGACACACUUUUAAACCUCUUGAGGAAGUUUAUGAGCAGCAUGUGACACAGAUAAAAGCCGAAGUAGGUCAGUUAAAAAGAAGACUCAUGGAACUUAUCAGUCUUGUUCAAGAAGUGGAACGCAAUGUCGAAUCAGUAAGAGCAGCCAAGGACGAAAGAGUGCGCGAAAUUCGAAAUGCAGUAGAGUUGAUGAUAGCUCGUUUAGAUUCGCAAUUGAAAGCCAAACUAUUGACCCUAAUGGCCCAAAAGAAUUCCUUGACGUUAGAAACAGAACAAUUGGAAGUUCUACUGCAGGAAGUCGAACACCAGUUACUCUCAUGCACUCGCUCCGAACUGAUUAUUAAGAGUUCUGAAUUGUCUCGCAUGAUUCACAGAGUUCGUAAAAAGCCAAUUACGAGUUUUGUCACGGCACCUGUUCCUGCAGAUUUUCACAGUGAAAUAGUCCCAGGCUAUGACAGUGCAACAUUUGCAAUGCAAAAUUUUACACAGCUGCAGCUCAAAGCUGAUCCCGUUUAUUCAGCUCCAUUGCAUGUCAAUGGAUUGUGCUGGAGGCUGAAAGUUUAUCCAGAUGGCAAUGGAGUAGUACGUGGGAAUUACUUAUCGGUCUUCCUAGAACUCAGUGCAGGAUUACCUGAAACUUCCAAGUACGAGUACAGAGUAGAGAUGAUUCAUCAAGGGUCCCGUGACACGAGUAAAAAUAUCGUUCGAGAAUUUGCUUCGGAUUUUGAAAUUGGCGAGUGUUGGGGCUACAAUCGAUUUUUCAGACUCGACCUUCUGGCUACCGAAGGAUAUCUAAAUACCGAGCUAGACACCUUGAUACUCCGUUUUCAAGUACGACCACCAACAUUCUAUCAACGCUGCAGGGAUCAGCAAUGGUACAUUAGUCAAUUGGUUACGGUACAAAAUCAAUAUGCAACGCAAAUCAACGAACUGAAAGAAAGACUGGCUAUAGAAAUUUCACGCAAUGCCGUAGCAGCCACUAGAGUAGCAAGUGGAGCUGCUGUAUGCGAAUCAUCCCCAAUAAACGUUUCACCGCAACAGCAACAUACACAAGCACAAGGUGCUGGGGAUCCUCUACUGGGAUCCAAUGCUCUUCGAAUGAUAGAUAAUUAUUCGUCAGUUAAUCCUACUCCUGCAAGAUCUGUUCAAAAUAUACUUUCUGCUGGGAAUGUACCUGUGUCGACAAACAGUUGCCAAUUGUCAGUUGCUCUUUGCGAAUUGGGUGAUCUGAUGAGUAUUCGCUCUUCUACCUUAUCCUCAAUGUCUCUGAAAACGAGUCUGAAGGAACAGCGCCCAAGUAAUCUAAACACGUCGACCGAAGUAACAUCCUCGCCUGGGCACUGCAGUAACGAUGGAUCUGCUGGGGACUGUCAGGGUCUGGCAGAGAAGUCUCCAUCGCCGUCACAUUCCUCGCCUACUAUAUUAAAUCAGCAACCUUCUGCGUUAUCCUCAAGCAGCAGCAGCAGCGACAGUGGUGAACUGAGCGAGCAUGAUAUCUACUUGGAUGAUUGUGAUCACAAUGAUACGAACCUUACGAUCUUAGAUGAUAACUCGAAUGACGAGAAUGACGUAGAUGACGAGACUAUGUCAGGUGAAAAUGAUGUUGAGGUUGCAGAAUCGUUGGUACCCUGGAUGCAAAUACAAAUUAAACAGAAAAAACCACAAGAAAGUCACGAAUCUUCCGCAGAAGCGUGCAGAUUACGUGGGAGUGACGGCCUCCAGCACGAAAUCAUGUUGCAACACCUGUUCGAGAUGCAAAACCGAAAUUUCGCUUGGAAUUCUCUAUGCUUUAAGCAUCACCCGGAGGAGUCGCGCGACUCCAGAAAUUCUAUUCCAAGCCUCCAGAAUUAUGGCACAAGUUCUUUGCACCGCAUUGGGCAACCGUGUUAUGACAAUUAUCGUCCCAACUUCCUGUCUCGAUUAUGCCAAUCUCAGCCAAUGUGUAACGACGGAAGGUCAAAAGUCAACAAUCCUUCAGCAAUCAAUGGCCAGCAGGAGGUAACAAGUAACGCUGCUUUAGGUACUAGUCAAACGACCAGGUCUGAACCGACUACAAGAUCAAACUCAGUCGACUGCGAUAAAGACUUUUCGGCAUUGUCCCUGGCUGCCAAGACCAAUGCUGAUGUGGAAGUAUCGAGGCCUUCUGAUCUUACUGUGCCAAAUGUGGCUUUAGGCAGCAAUAAAAUCGGUUCGCGCCACCUGCCCUCGCGAAGACAAUCUACUCCAGCAACCUCAUCCAACACCAGCAACGUUAAUCAGAACAUUUUUCAUACAGACAUCGAGCAAUUUCUAGAUACUUUGAGAUGUUCUCCAACCCCACAGGAGACCGGUAGCUACAUCACUAAACUCAGACAUUUGGCAGAUAAGUGUCAAAAUGGUGUCUGUCCAUCCAAUUUACCAUCAUCGACAAUCUCAAACACCUAUGAGAGCCCAAUAGCGUCUACAAGUACUGCAGUACUUGCUGAAUCUAUCAGUGAUAAUAAUGGAUACAGUUGGGUGCCGCCAUUAUAUCAGCACAAGCAUGGACAGAAGAUGAAUAAUGAGAACACGGUGCAGAGCACUUCUAAUCAAACGCCGAAUAAAACUAUUCCAUACAAGACAUCAGAGGAUAAAAACUCUUCACCGUCUCAGUAGUAUGCAUUUCUACGAGCGUUGUGUAAUUGGGAGUAAGUAAGUAGCGACAAAAACCCCUUGUGAUGUUCACUUAAUAGUAAGUUAAAUUAUUCCUAACGUAAAUAAGAACAGCAUGGACAAAGAAGAGUUAGGAAUGCGAUAUAGGAGUGUCUAGUGCGGGUUCAUAAGGUUGUGUUCCUGGAAUAUCUAUUCAUUCUACUGCUAAGUUUCCGUGUUUCUUUUUUAAUAUUUUCCCCUGUUUUCACGUUCUAUAAUCAUAGCCUACAAUGGUUAUGUUAUCAGUAUCAUAUUUCCAAGAACGAUAUCGGCUUACUGGAAAAUCCUGUUUGUUUCAUACAAAGAUCUGCCAAGUAUCAUUACGAUACAUUGAAUAUACAUUAAUAAGUGACUACCAAGCGAUUACUUAUAAUUAAUUAAUCGCAUUAUUCUAAGAUUCAUAUCGCUUCGUCGAAACAAACAGAUCUGUUCUUAGGGAUUAGUAUUAAAUUUAUUUCUAUAUGUUGUUUCUAUGAAGCCAAUUGCCUUAUGAUGACUUAUUUUGGCAUUUAUCGAACUCUGCCCGGAUUCCAAUGCCCAUCUUAUUCUAUCAUUGUUUGAAACUGGUUUUUCUUUUGUAUACUUGCCAAUUUUUUUAAUUCCCUUUUUUCUAUCUUUAUUACUCAUUCUAAUACAUGCACAGUGGUCAAAUGUAAAUUGUUUAUCAACAUAAUAGUGUAUUGGAGGAUUAUGCCUGGA